AUGAAAGGACCUAAUCUUUGCAGCCUGCUCCUGCCGAACGUGUUAACACGGAAUGGAGCUCAGGUCACUCAUCCACGGGACAUAAAGCGCAAGGUGCGUAGCCUCCCAGCACCUCCCGGCGCCGGCUAUGGUGCCUUCCUGCAGCCAUUAACCGCGUCUGGGCUGCAGAGUCUUCCCUGCCGACCCGGGCCGCUCUCCGGCCGGAGCSCGUGUCCGGCCGAUGCCGCCGGCUACGCACCCAGGACGACUCCGGCCACGCGGCACUUGCCGGGGCGCUCGGGCUCGGCCUCGGCCAGCAGCAGAUCCUCCACGGACGCCUCGCGCACGCUCAGCAGCGGCGUGCCGAGGAUCUCCUCCUGCGGCCAGAGGAGCGGGAGGCAGUUUCUGCCCGGGGCGGGAGGGCGCGGGGCGCGCGCGGCGCCCGCUCACCUGCACGCGCUGCCGGUAGAGGCGCCGGUCGAGCUGGGCGCGGAGCCCCCACACGGCGGGGCCCUUGCGCCGGUUGAGCACCUUGUAGUGGAGGCCGGCGCGGUCGCAGGCGCGGCCGCACACGCCGCCCAGCGCGUCCAGCUCGCGCACGAGGUGGCCCUUGCCGAUGCCGCCGAAGGACGGCUGCUGCAGGGCGCGCGCGGGCGCGGCGGCGCCUUCGGCGGCCUCGAGCGGCUCAGCGCGGGCAGCUACUACGAGCACGUGAAGAUCGCGGAGCCCGACGAGUUCGACAUCAUGCUGACGCUGCCCGUGCCGCCGCUCCAGCUCGACGCGUGCGACGACACCGGCGCCUUCUACUACGCGACGCUCAAAAGAAACCCCAAGGAAAUGUACCUGAGCAGGUUUUUAGAUGAAGAAGGAAAGCUCUCAGCCUUCAAAAUGCUUGAAGCGCUAAGGAAGAUUAUUAAAGAGGAAGUGAAAAACAUAAGUACUGUAGAAGUAACUGUAACAAGGAAAAAAGUGGGAUGCCCUGCAAUUACACUUCAGAUCCAAAAGCCUCCCUCGGAAAUCUCCGUGGACAUCAUCUUGGCUCUGAAGGUCCAUCACAGCUGGCCUCUCAGCACCAAGGACGGCCUCCCUGUUGGAGAAUGGCUAGGAACAAAAGUCAGGAAAAACCUCAGAUACCAAGACUUUUAUUUAGUAGCCAAACAAAACAAAGAGGAGAAGGUGCUAAGAGGAAACACUUGGCGACUCUCCUUUUCACAUAUUGAAAAGGAAAUAAUAACAAACCACGGCAACGGAAAGACAUGCUGUGAAUCUGAUGGAGUAAGAUGUUGUAGGAAAGACUGUCUUAAGCUUCUGAAGUAUCUGCUACAGCAGCUUAAAACAAAGCAUCAGAAAGAGUUGCAGAAAUUCUGUUCCUAUCAUGCCAAAACUGCAUUUUUCCACUCAUGUGCCAUGUGGCCACGUGAYGAAGACUGGCGGUGGGAAGACCUGGAUCGCUGCUUUCACCGGUACCUGGAAUAUUUUCUGGAUUGCCUGCAAAAGUCUCGACUUCCACACUUCUUUAUUCCCCAGUACAAUUUACUCAGCCAGAAUGACAGAGCGAGCCAAGACUUCCUCAUCAGGGAAAUAAACUAUCAAAUUAACAACAGAUUCCCAAUAUUUCUGCAGGAUAAUUAAAAACAUUAUUUACAAUAUCCAAUGAAAAUCCCCACAGAUUCGCAUAUUCGACAAUAAGGUGACUAGCAGCAUAAGUUGUUUCUUAGCAGUCUGGUACUAUGGAAAACAGGAACAAUCAACACAGUGAAUUGCCUACUUCAAUCACGCUAUGUGGAUACAGUUCUUAGAAGAAAUACUAUUCUUCAAGUAUUACUUCACCUUCCUCUAUCCAAACUAAGGUACCACCCGCAAAAUAUCUUCAGGGCACACUAAAAAUAUAUGAAAUUUGCAAGAAUUUAUUCAUUUUCUAAGCAAAUUCUACAAUUCCAAAUACUAUGGCACUAGUGACAUCAUAGUCAAACUGAACGGUUUUAUUCAAAAUGAAAAUUUAGGAGACUAUGGGCAGAGAUUGGAGAGGACCCAUGUGGACUUUGUAGCUGCUAA